GAUCCAAGUGCCCAGAGAGGGAGCCACUGCGGCCGUGCCCGCGGGCAAGCCACUGUGUGCUCAGUGGCAUGACAUCCUGGUGCCAGUGCCCGAGCCAGCGGCCAUGAGCCAGCUGACAGUCGGGGCUCCCGGCGAGGAGGCCCGCUCCCUCCUGCAGGCCCAGAAGCCCAUCCGGCCGUACAUCUGCUCGGCUCCCAAAGAGUUCCAGGAGGAGAGAGACUUCCUGGCCGGCCACAUCUUCCCGCAGCUCAACGAGUGCUGCCAUGCCCGGGGCACCUAUUUCAAAGCUGUGGACCUGCGGUGGGCCGAGCUGGCGGCCCCCGAGCCCCAGAGCCCCGGCCGCUUCCGACAGCACUGGUGUCUCAGCUCCCAGCACCUCAAGCUCUGCCUGGACUAUGUGAACCACUGCUUCCCCUUCUUCAUCGCCUUGCUGGGCCACACCUACGGGGACUUCCAGGACGACUACUCGCCCUUCAUGUUCUCCAAGGCCACCGACUUGUCGGGCCUGUCCGUCAUCGAACGAAACCUCUACGUGGCUGGCCAGAACGGCUACCCCUGGGUCCUGGACAGCCCCGACUGCAGCCUGGUGGAGUACGAGAUCAUGCAGGCCGCGUUUCUCAGGCAGUCGGAGUUUCAGUACUUCUACUUCCGGGCCGGGAGCGCCUGGCUGGGGCCCUCAAAGCAGGAGGAGGAGAAGGAGGAGGCAGUGAUGUCAGCGGCCCUGAUGAUGGAAGAAGAGGAGAAAAUAAGGAUCGGGAAGCUCAAGAGCAAGAUCAUCAACAGGGGCCUUCCCGUCAGAUACUACAAAAAUCUCUCUGAGUUGGGCGAGCUGGUCCUGGCGGACUGGUUGGUCGUGAUAGAAAAACUCUACCCGGCCUCUCUGCGGAAUGAAAAUAUAGAUUACAAGCAUGACCUUGAACGCUUCUAUCACCAAGAAUUUAUUGAGAAGUGCAAGCAAGUGUUUGUGGUGUCCAAGGAGUCGAGCCGGACGUUUGAUAUUUUGGAAAAAUUUGCCUUAAGCAGCACGGGACUUGAUGAUCAGAGUCCCACAGAGGAUGCCAGCUUAGAGUCGCUCCUCAGAAUAAGUACCUUCCCAACCUACAAGUCCAUCUUGCUCCUGUCCGGGGAACGAGGCUGCGGCAAGUCCACCCUGAUUGCCAGCUGGGUGAAUGAUUUCAGGAGCAAGUACCCGGACAUGUUGCUUGUGCCCCAUUUCGUGGGCAGCACCUGUGACAGCAGCGACCUCAUGUCUGUCAUACAUUACUUCGUCACAGAACUGCAGUACGAGAACUACGGUACGCUGCUGAAGACCGACAUCUUUGACGAAGACGAAAGUGUCUUGCUCUUCUCACGUCUCAUCGAGGCGUUCGUCGCUUCCAUCAGCUCAAAGCCGUGCGUGCUUGUUCUCGACGGAGUGGAAGAGCUGAUUGGCACCCACGGGAUUUCAGGACAGAAGGCCAAGGACUUCUCGUGGCUGCCGCACCCGCUGUCCCCGGGCUGCCGGCUGGUGCUGAGCAGCGUGUCCUCCAGCCUGUCCUGCAAGGCCCUGUGCGCGCGGCCCGACGUGCGCGUGCUGGAGCUGGGGAACCCCUGGCACGAGGACGCCCGCGCCGGCAUCUUCCGGCAGCACUUCAUCGCGCCCAACGACAACUACCCCUUCUGCCGCUACCGGCACAUCCUCAAGAGGAGGCCCCACCUCAGCGCGCUGAAGCUGGCCGUGCUCAGCACCGAGCUCAACGAGUGCCGCGUGUACCGGGACGAGCUGCAGUGCCUGAAGGAGUUCCUGGACGCGGGCUCCACGCAGGAGCUCUGGGCGCUGGUGCUCAAGCGCUGGGCGCAGGACUACAGCUGGGCCGUGCCGCCCGCCGCCGAGAGGGCGGGCGCGGGGCCUGCGGGAGAAGGGCUGGACGGCUGGGUGGCCAGCGCCCUGAGCCUGCUGAGCCUCUCGCACUGCGGGCUGACGGAGGAGGAGAUCUUCCAGCUGCUGGACAUGCUGGGCUACCGCGGCGAGCACCGGGUGAGCACCCUGCACUGGGCCGCCUUCCGCAACGCCACGCGCCAGUGGGUGCGCGAGAAGCCCAGCGGCGUCCUGUACUUCCAGCACCAGUCCCUGCGCGCCGCCGUGGAGCACAGGCUCCUGGGUGCCCUGGCACCGGUCCGAGAGAACAGCCUGGUGGGCUCCGCCAACCCCCCUGGAAAGAUCCUGGGCCUCUACGAGACCUUGAUCAGCUUCUUCCGGCGGCACACGGCCUUCUGGAGGGUCUUCCAGGAGCUGCCCUGGUACCUGAAGGAGAGCCAGGCCUGGCAGGACCUUUGCACCUUCCUCUCAAGCCCCAGCGUCGUGGACCUGGUGUCCAAGCUCCCGAGCCCAAGCUUCUGGAUGGGGCUGCACCUCGUCCACUACUGGGACGUGCUCUCGAAAGUCAGCUAUGACGCCACCCAGGCCUACCUGUCCACGGUGACCAGGAUCAACGCGGGCCAGUGCCGCAAGGGGAAGCGGAGACCGGGACUCUCAGCGCUGGAAUGCAGGACUUUUGAGGUUACCGUCGUGGACAAAUGCCGAUUAUUGUUCUUCAUUGGUAAAUUUUUGAAGUUUCUGGGCAAGACCAGUGAAGCGGAAGACCUGUUCUUGAAUGUCGAGAACAUAUUAUUAGAGCAGAGUCAGCCGGUGACAGAAAUGCUUCUUGACGUGCAGAACACCCUCGGCGAGCUCUAUCUGGACAUGGGGAUGGCCCAGGAAGGCUCCCAGUACUUCGGGAAAGUGUCAUCCAACCUGACGGGACUGUCGCUCAGUGACUUCCAAGGGAAGAAGGAGCUAGUGAAGCAGAACGUCAGAGCACUGAGCAACCUGGUGAAGUCGGCGUCUAAGGAGUACUUGCGGGAGAACCACGUUCUGGAAAGUGCCGUUAGGAUUUCCUACCUGAUGGACAGACACCCGUGCAACGAGGCAACCAUGAAGCACACCGAAGGGGUCCUGAUGUUUCUGGCCGGAAACACGUGUCUUGCCAAAGCGAAGCUGUACGAGUGCUUGUACAUCAGGAAGAGGCUGUUUGGCGGGAAGAGCAUCCUGGUGGGAGAAACGAUGGAGUUUCUGGCAGAUCUGCUGUCGUUCCCCCCAAGAGAUUGUGAGAAGGUGUCCAGGAAGCAGGCCAUCGAAUUUUACAAAGAAGUGAUCAGAAUCCGGGAGAGCUCAGGCGCCCGCGUCAGCUCCCCGCUCGUCAGGAAGCAGCGGAGCCUCAGCCUGAGCGACACCCUGUGUAAACUAGCAAGUCAGUUGUUGCUGAGCGACUCUUCAGGGUCUGUCCUCACGGAGGCCAUGGGCCACUUGUACCGGUCACUUGAUUUGAGGACCACCCACCUGGGCUCUGCACAUCCCUCAGUCCCUGGAAUCCUGCACCUUCUGCAGGAAAUUGAAUCGCUGCAGAGCCAGAAAGGCUGGGCUCCAGCGGCCAACGGGAAAUACUGGGAGAGCGGUCGGAAAGGCAACACGGUCAGGGAGCUCCUGCUCCGGCUCAACUGCCACGCGGCCCGCAGCGGCGCCGGCCUCGGCUAUGCCGGGGACACACGUGCUGGGAUCUCCACUCGUUGCACUAAAGUGCUGGACUUGACCGCUUACCUGGCUUCAGAGACAUCGGAAGGUGCUCCCGGAAAGGGGAAAACGGACUGGAGAUCCCGUACCGCCGAAGAGAAGACCCAGCAAGAGAUGCAGGAGCGCGGUGCACUAUGGGAGGAGCCCGAGCAGGAGGCAGCAAAGAAAACUGACUCCUCUAAGACUUUACCUGUGAGGGAAACAGGUGGCUAAGUCCAGCUUGCCCUGCAGAGGGUUUUGUCAUCUGGAACUUAGGGAAAAUGCAAGUUUCUGAGACCUGCCCUCUGUCCACUGCUGCUACUACACUUAA